AACAAUGAGGGCGCACGACGCGCAACUCGCUCCAAGCCUCUCCACCAGCGGCGGAGUUUUCCCUCCCGGAGGAGUCGUAGCAUGCGUCUGUGCGCCAACCGGAGGGAGAAGGACCACAGGAAUAUAACUUGACCACGCACGGACUUUGUUAUUUCUUUUUUUGUUUAAAUCAUGCCUUUUUGCAAGCGGACGAUACUUCCAAAAGAUCAGCGGCGGCGGCAGGCGGAGAUUUUCGGGGACUUGGCGGACGUGUGCGGCUUCACCCUGUGCUCGGUGCUCCGGCAGCUCUCGGAUCUGUCCCGCCACUCGGUGAGCAUCCUGGAGGAGCUGGAGGGAGAGCUGGUGUCCGUGUGCCACCGGUCCGGCGCGCUGGAGGGCAGAGUGGUCCGGCUGCAGAGGCACGUCGCAGAGCUGGUCAGCAAGCCUCCGCCGAGAGAUUUAACCAAUCUGGAUUUCAGCGGCGGCGGCGCGGCCCACUUCAGGUCUCCAUGGCAACAGAGCGUGAACGUGUUCGGCUCGUGGAGCAGGCCGGAGUGUGUCGAGGAGCUGCACCAGCAGGCGCAGCUCAACCUCCAGAGCCUGCUGCAAGACUUUGAGGAGCAGUUGUACGACACCAAGCUGACCGGUCAGACUUUCCGGCAUCCGUCCUCGCAGAGCUCUGACGACACGUCCACCUCGCUCAGCCGAUCGCCCAUCUCCCUCAACAACAAGAGACCUGACUUCAUCUUCCUGCCGGCCUCCAAACAGCUGUACGAGGAUGAAACCACCUCCUUGGUGUUUGGCCUGAGGUCAGUGACUGACCCGUCUCCCUCCCCGUCCCCGUCCCCCUGCGGCUCAGAUCGCCCCCCUCUGGGCUGGAGCAGUAACAACAGCAGCAGCAGCACCACCACCACGUCCGCUAACGCCGGACCGCCUGUCGCAGAGAAACCCCGCUGGCACCUGGGGAGACGCACGCCGGCCCACUUCAUACCACUCGACAUCACAGGGGACCCCUUCCCCCACCAGCCCCACUCCCUGGAGCCCGUCACCGACACCCCACACCAGAACCUCCCCCUGAGGAAGACGCACUCCGACCUCGACGCGACCUUACCCGCAGAUAAUACUCUAGAGCCGCGAGCUCCAAACCAACUUCACCCAGGCACUAUGGACCACUCUGGGCUGCUGUGCUCAAACACACCCUCCUCUUCCUGGAACGGACCUAAGGGCUCCACCUUUUCUCCCGGGGCGUGGAACGAGCCUUACAACUACACCAUGAACAAGGGCCCGGCGGUUCCUCCCAAACAGCACAGCAUCAUCGGUAAUGCCGGGGGAGGGGCGCAGGACGGGGUGAUGUUGGUGGGCUCAGGACAGUCGAGGGAGAGGUCUGCACGGUCCAUAGCAGCACAGAACGCCUUCAAGUUCCGGGAGCGUUCUCUUUCCACGCCCACAGACUCUGGUUCCUUCUGCUUUACAGAAGGCGGUGUAGGCCAGCCGGACGGGAACAUCAUGUCUACGGGGAACGGGAGCGCUAUGACGGACCACCAACAACAUCAUCACCACUUCCUGGGUUUGAGUGAGAACUACGCCCUCCUCUACCCCAGAGGGAGCUCCGAAGACAGCGCCAGCACCACCGAUACAAUCUCCGUCACAGCUUCGGACUACAGCGCCGACGGCCGCUUGCGCCUUCGCUCCCGCUCCAUCUCGCUUAAGAAAUCCAAGCGCAAGCCUCCGCCUCCCGUGAGGAGCGUCUCCCUGAUGAAGAACCUGGGAGAGGCCGAGGGAAGAAUCCACCACGAAGGCGCUCUUUACCGGGAUGGGCGGCCGAAGAGCCUGCACAUCCCCAGGGACCAUUUCCCAGACUUCCAGCCUGAUUUCCUCCUGCCCAGCUCGUCCAGCUCCUCCAAACCCAGUGUUAGUGAGAGGGAACUGGGCCAUGGAGGCAGCGACGGACCUCCGAGCCUGGAGGUUCAGGCACCAGAGAGGGAGGGAGAGACGGAGCUGACCUUCCCCACUCACUGGCAGCUGGGGGAGUGGAAGAAUGACCCCUACAGGUCUCUAUCAGGAUCCAGCACAGCAACGGGUACCACAGUGAUUGAAUGUAUGAAAGUCAGAGGCAGCUCCGAGUCCCUCCUUGACUCUCCGUCCACCUCCAGAGCCACCUCGCCCUCGCAGCUCUCCAUGGAAACUGACAUCAAGGCAUCCUCACCCUUCAAACCCCCAGGACUAAUGUCCCCAUCAAGUGGCUACUCAAGCCAGUCGGAGACUCCCACCCCGACUGUGCCACUCAGUCAAGUGGCAGGUCAGGGAACACUAGGGACAGGGUGUAAGAUGCGCCCGAAGAUCCCAGAGAGAAAAUCAUCGCUACCGUCACCCAAGGACCCCGCCGCGAGGUCUAGAUUGUCCUUUGAGAUGCCUGGGAACGCACAUCUGGAGCUGUCAUCAAUCAAGCCAAAGCAAAAGGCCAGCAGACGUCAUUCUGACACCUCGACAGCAGCGAAACCAGGAAAAAUCAGCCCCAGCUCUUCACAGGCAUUACCUAUGGUUACCCAGAACGAGCUGAAGACAAUUCGUCUUCGCUCCGUCUCUCGCGGUGACCUGGAGGACUGCCCCGAUGGUGCGUCAGACACCAUUGAAGAAGAACAGCAUGGCCGCGACUUCGGCGAAGUCCCCAGCCCUCCGCCCACUCUACCAAAACCCAAACCACCUGUCGCCAUCAAGCCCCCCUUGCCCAAGCGGCCCAUUAACCUCCUCCUUAAGUCUCCUUCCCCAUCCUCCACUUCCCCACUUGCCCUCGACUCACCUCCUGCCUCACCCGUGGACCGGCCUGUGCCCCUGGGCAACAUCUACAAAGUCAUGAAAAAACCCAAACCGAAAAAACCUCCACCGCAAACUUCAACAAGUCCGUCAGCUCUCCCGGACCCCCAGCCUCUCCUGGAGGACCCAGCGUUAGAGCCUGAAUUUGAGGCCGACCCAGAGAUUCGGCUUGGGCCUGAGGACGGAGGCUCCCUCCCUUCUCCCUGCAGUUCCCAGGAGGCCCCGGAGCUCCAGGACAAGAGCAAGACACUCCCCUCAAGGAUGACAAUCUCCUGUCUGGCAGAGCUGUCAGACAAAAAGAAACCCAAGGUUCCACCCCCAGUCCCCAAGAAGCCAAAUGUUCUGCUUCUUCCCACGUCUGUCCACUCCUCCACUAAUGGCAGCACAGACCGACAGACGCCGCAGACCGACAGCCCCGUGGGCCUUCGGUCUCCCGUUGGAGCGUUCCCACCGGACGAUAUUCCGGGUGCGCCAGAUAUGCCGGAGCAAGAAGAGAACCACUUGGGAACAGACGAGGAGAGUUCAAAAGAGUCGUCACUUCAGUCAUCUCUGCAGGAUUCCUCUCUCACAGAGCUGGAAGGGAAGGUGGCCAGCGCUACGAUUGGGGCAGAUGACUCCAAUGAGAAGACGGUGCUGCACAUCGCCGAGGAAACUGAUGACGACUUGUUGGCCAGCACACCUACGACACACACCACCGAAGACCUGUUCACUAUAAUACACAGGUCGAAGCGAAAGGUUCUGGGUCGUAAGGAGCCAUCCGACUCCUUCGGCAGCCGCCAGAGCUUGGUAUCCCCGGUGAAGCACAGCACCAGCGGUAGCGAUAUCCGAAACCUGACCCUAGGCAGCAGUCAGAGGUCAAGCUCCCGCAACGAGAACUUCAUGGCCCUGCUUCAGAAGAAAGGCAGCAAGUCUUCCAGCGGAGGGGCCAGAGUUUCCGCCAUGGAGCUUCUCAAAAGCACAAACCCUCUGGCGCGACGGGUCACGGAGUUCUCAACCACCACAUCGUCGACCGCUGAGGGAGGAGAGGCAACGUCCGGGAACGGCAAACCCAACGAUCAAUGAACGGAAGUAUCGUUAACAGUAUCAUUAACCAGGUACCGUUUGCUGUCGACAAAGCUACCAACCAAUUCUACAAUGCGCCACCCACUGCAGAUGGGGCCUUCUGACUAACGUGUCCAACCAGAUCGCUCCAACUACUGAUUGACCAUUUGCACUGUCCAAUCAAAUUGGAGCACACUUUUGGACAAAAUGGUCCCUCCCAUGGUUGGAGCGCAAUUGUUCCCUGUCCCUCUAGGAAAGCGAGAAAGCUGUGGAGAACAAAAGGUUGUUCUCACUAUAUUUUCAACGAAAGGUGGAGGCUUUGAGGUCAUGCCUCAACACUGCACCAUGUUUUCCUCAUUGGGAAUGUUUUCAGUAGGGGAGGCUGGAUGUACUGAUGGAUGGGUGGAGCAGACGCCGGGGAAUAUGAAGUUGUACCGUGGAUAUCUUUACUCUUAGCUCCAUCUGGAUGACGACAACAAAAGUCCCUGAUGAUGACAAUGGCUAACGUGUCUGAAUCUGUAACCAAUUACACUGAUCCGCUAGUAGGAUGGCCCAGAAGAUCAGUAAUCAAAUGAAUCCAAGAAACACACGGAAUCAGACACAGAAGACGUGAGACUUUCAAAUGAUUCGUCUACGAAGCAAAACCCUCCAUGCCAGUAGCACUACAGCACCGACACCUGUAGACCUAUGAAAUGAAGGGUAAAUCAUUACCGGUGUGACGAGGCACCCGAGAGAGCAAAUACUCCUAAAAAUCUCGGACACCGCGGCUCUGUCUUCUCUCUA